UCGCGCGGUUGCGCCAUAUGAAGCCUCGCUGUGGGAACAGCUGGAGGAAGAGGAGGAGGAGGAGGUUGUCGCUGCUGCCGCAGCAGCCUCGAGCAGGGCCAGGAAGUGGCCCUUGGGCGGGCUGAGAUCCGGACGGCGGCAAGAUGAGCGCCACCCGGGAGUCGCCACCCGAGCACGGCCACGGCGUGAAGCGACCGGCCUCCCCCGAUCUUGGAUCUAGCAGCUGGGAAGCAGCAGACUUGGGUAAUGAAGAAAGAAAACAAAAGUUCUUGAGGCUAAUGGGUGCUGGAAAGGGCUCAAGACAGCUUACAUCAUUCUCCUCCUCCAUCUUAACCCCACAACAACAACUCUGUGAGAAAGAACAUACUGGCCGCCUUGUCAUUGGAGACCACAAAUCAACUUCUCAUUUUAGAACAGGGGAAGAAGAUAAGAAAAUGAACGAUGAGCUAGAGACUCAGUUUCAGCAAAGCAUGGAUAGCACCAUGUCAGGAAGGAACCGACGACAUUGUGGACUUGGUUUCAGUGAGUUGGAGGAGGAUCAAGAAGAGCAGGAAGAUACAAGAGACUCCCUGGAGCCAGAAAGCUCAAAGGACUCCGAAAGCGACGGUGGUGCUGAGCAGGAAGAGCUGCCGCCUGCUGAAAAGCACAGUAGUGCUGAAGAUGCUCAGCCCAAGAAAGAUGUGAAGAGCAACUAUAAAAUGAUGUUUGUUAAAUCGAGUGGUACAUAACAUUUCCUCCUUUAAGCAAAGUAAGCCUUAUGGUUACAGUGCAAAGUAUUGGACUGCUUACAGCACAGACCUUUCUAUUAGGGUUUUAGAGGAAGAAUAGUGUUUGCAUUCCCAAUACCAUGAAGCUAUUUUUAUUAGCAUGACUGUAUCCAUUUCGUUUUGUAAAGUAUGAAAAUAAAAUUGGACAAAGAGUGAA